AUGGUUUUCAUUCCUCAACGUGAACCUCACUGCAAAAAUGUCAUCCAUGCACCAUCAUUCCUUGGAUCUGAUCUCAUUAUUGUUGGGUUCACAUGUCAAUUCCUGAUUCUGCGAACAGCUCUCCAACGACCCCAUAGUGACAUAAGUUGUGCAGAACAACUGCUAGACAAACAGCCUGAUCUCAUAACCCAAGAAGAUGAGUUUAGAAGGACAGCCCUACACUAUGCUGCGACUGAUCAAUCAUCAUCAGAAUUUACAAAAUGGUUGCUAGAGAAAGAUGCAGGUCUUGCAUACAAAGGUGACGCGAAGGGCCUUACGCCUUUACAUUUAGCUGCAGGAAUUAGUGCAAUGGAAAACAUAAGAGCCAUACUUGAUUUCUGUCCAGACUCCGUGGAGUCACUUGACCGGGAUGGCCGACACCCGCUUCACCUUGCCGCUGCAUCUGGCAAGCUUGGCUCUGUCCGAGAGUUACUGAAAAUUCCAGAGAUGAGAUCGCUUUUAAACAGAACCGACGAGAAUGGAAGCACUCCCCUUCAUCUUGCAAUCCAGAAUAAGCAUUUUCCUGUGAUCAAGGAACUCCUAGAAACCAAGUGGGUCGAUGCCUCGGCUGAAAGUAAGAAGGGUAUCUCAUUUUCCGGUCUUUGCGAAUCUGAUCCGGAAUUCCGAAUUUACGUUGAUAAGAAUUUCUUGCUGUUGUCAUUCUUACAUCAAAAGGCACCUCAACAACGACAGAAACCCAUUGUGUGGGAGAAUUUAUGUGGAGAGAAAACUACUGAAUCCCAUAAAUCAAAAUCAGAAGAAAUAUUGAAGGGGUACUUGAAACAAAGGGCCAAUAGUUUGUCAGUGGUUGCUGCACUCCUCACAACCAUAGCCUUUGCGGCUGCAUUCACAAUACCUGGCGGCUUCAAGAAUAAUCCUCCCCACCCGGGCCACGCGGUCCUAGGAAAGCAAGCGGUGCUGCAUAUAUUUGUGUUUGCGGAUACCUUGGCAGUGUGCUUUGCCAUACUUGUGGUAUUUCUCCUUAUAUGGGAACAAGAAGACGACAUCACGGUUUUGGACAGGCGAAUUCGUUGUAGCGUCGAACUGUUGCUUGCCGCACUCUGUGGAACAUUGAUGGCUUUCAUGAGCGGGUUGUAUGCGGUGAUUUCUGCAGAAGCUUUGUGGCUCGCCAUUCUUAUUUGCACCAUUGGCUCUGAUCCCUUUCUUGAAGACUUGAGCAAUUUUGGCUGGAGGUCAGAUCACUGUUCUCUUCCGCUUGUAAACAAUUGUUGGUUUGUAGUUUCUGAAAUUGUGCUUUCAUUAGUGGAAAAAGGAGAUGAAGGAAAAGCUGAGAGGGAAAAUUAUCCUGUUUUGCUUUUUGGUAAUGGGUUGUAA